UUUCUAGCAGAAGCAAAUUUUCCUGAAAUUUUACAAAUUGACAUGAAAAACCAUGCCAAAAGCAACACAGGAUCGUGAUGAUAGCAUUUCUACCCACACUGGUUUAUCCAAGGGUCGCCUGUCCGCAAUGUUCAACUGUACCACACUAUUUCUUGAUCAGCAUUUGCAAGAAUUUCGGUAUGUGACAUUUGGUUUGGCUGCUGCUGGUGUCAUCUUGACUGCAAGGAGCAUUCAUAUGUUCAAACAGUUCCAGCACGCCAAAGAAAUUCCAGCCCACUUUUUCGCCAAGAAUGUUCGCCUCCAGGGUAUUGUGAAAAACAUCAGUAGAGAUGGCACGUUAUCAGUGGAACAUAUUCCAGUUGUCACAAUUCGGUGGAUUAGGUUUUUUAAUAGAGAAAAGAGACUAGACUUGCCAGUCAAGGUCAGUGGGGUCAGCCUGACCCCAGGAGGGUUGCCAUGGCUACAUAAGAACCUGAUGGGUGGCCAUAUUUGGUUCCGACUGCUUCAGGAGGACCAGCAUUUCGUCCAUUGCAUUGUUACAAAAAGAAAGAAUCUCAUCAGAAACAUCUGCGUCAACGAAGAACUCGUAAAAAAAGGCCUCGGCACGGUUCAACUUCCCAAUUCUCAAAAUAAAAACUCGCUCACAGAGAAAUUCUCAAAAAGACUGUUGGAAGCAGAAAAAUAUGCGAAACGUAAAGGUUUAGGAAAAUGGGAAAGACCACCAGUUAUGGAACGAGCUAAGGAUAAAGUGAAGGAAUAUAAAACAGGUGCAAUAAAUCGGUUUAAGGGUGCUAUGAGAGACGUUUGGCAGAAAGUGACUUCCUGGAAAAAACCCAGCUCGUAAUUGGCAUUCCUGACUGUGCUUUUGAUCUGUGGGACAAUCUAGAUGGUGACAUCAAGUAGUGCACAGGUGUAUGCUUUCAUUAGUCUUCCAUGUGGAGAAUGGAUGAUAACAACUUUAGUCCUGAAGAAGUAGUUCAGGUUGAUGUCAAAGUAAACUGCUUGCGAGUGGAGAGAUGUUUUGAAAAAAGCUCCACGUCAUAUUCAUUAU